CAAAGAAUAACAGCGGGAUCGCAUGGCUUGCAUGCCACUGGCAACUCCAAAAAAAAAAAAGAAAAGAAAGAACAAAAAAAACUCAUCCUAUCCAAUACAUAAAAAUCGAUAUUGUAUAUAUACAUAUAUAUUGCACAGCCAAUACAUCUUUAGUGGUAUGAGUUUCGGGAAUAUGUGGUUGUGUGUAUGGCAAGCACAGAGCAAGCAGGCGAGUGGGCAAAAAAAAGAACUGUUCGGUUUUUUGAAAAUCUACCAUUUUUUCUGUAUAGUUUUUUUUUCAAAUUUUUCUUCUUGCAUACAAAAAUAGAUUUUCAUGCUUUCAACUCUUAGCGCGCGAGAUAGAUGAUGUCGAAUAGGAAUAAAAAUUAAAAUAGAAAUAUAAUGCUGCUCGUUGUCGCCGCGCGCACAAACAAGUCAGCUAUAUAGCUGGCUGUAAGAAAGAAUGUACAUGUACAAUUUACAUUUUAGACCCACAUUAAGAUUUGGUCACGAUUUAAGCGUCUUAAAAGAAACAGACCCGAAAAAAUACACAAAAUCUCGUACGCGAUAUCAGAACGGUGAGAGAGACAAGAGAAUCGAUGAGAGAGAGCAACGAUGGUGUGGAGGAGAAUGAGAUCUUAUAAAAAUGUGGACAGCUGGCUGGUCAGAGACAAAACAACAACUAUAUAAGAUAUAUAUGUUCGAUAUAUAGUCAGCAGUGAAGCAUGUUUGAUAGAAUAGACAUCCUUCGCUUGAUUUCUUGAAUUUCGUAAACGUCCGCUGCUGCCUGCUUACUUGCUGUUGUAUUACCAAUACAAUUGCGAAUGUCGAAUAACUUUAAUCUUGAUACAUCAAUAUAGUUAAUGUAUAGCCAUAGUACAUACAAACAGUCAGUCGUCAUUCGAACAGGGAUGUUGUACUUAUAUAUAUUUAUUUAUUUGUAUCUGUAUUUUUAUUUAUUAUAUUUUCUAGAUAUAUACAUUCACCCUGUGUCUAGCAUCUGCUUUAGUUCUGCUAUUUGCCAUGUCAAAUGCGAAAAAAUAAUUUAAGUGGAACGUUCGUAUGAAUCGACCGAAUGAGAAUAAAAAAAAAUUGCCUCCCCGCAAAAAUUUUAUACUUUACACAAAUGUGUAUUGGUAGGAUGAUGUUGUUGUUCUAUGUUGUUCAUGCUGUAUUAGUAUUUUUGUAUUUUCUGUGCACUUGCUGACUGAUAGAUUUGAGCGCUGUGGAUAUACCCGACGUACUACAUUUCUUUGAUGUAUUAUAAUCUAUGAAUCAUAUAAAUCUGGGAAAUUUUAAAAAAUUUAUUAAAAAGUAAUCAAAAAUCUGUCAUUGACCGAGUAAUAAACAGGAAUAAACCAGUAAAUCAAUCAAUUACGACAUCAUAGUUCAUACAUGACAUUCAGCCCGCUUGAAACAUUUUCUUCUUUUUCUUUCAUUUCGAUUCAUGAAUGUGUCUGUGUGCAUUCUCCUCGCUUUUUUUCAGUCGUAAGUUUUUUUUCUAUCAGAAAACACAUAACAUUCAUUUGGUGGUGCUAGUUUAUUUAUUUUUUUCAAAAAAAAAAAAAAAUCAAAUCAAAUCAAAUAUCCAAAAAGGAAAAAAUAAUGAAAAAUUAAAAUUAAAUAAUUAUUCUAUUAAUUUAAUUAACCAUCCAUAAAUGAGGAUUUGAUAAACGUUAAGGAGCAUUAAGCUAGUGAAACUAUAUUAAGUUCUCCGUUGUGUGUCUUAUCACAAUAGAACAACUUUUUUUUUAUCACACAUAAAGAACGAAAGAAAAGAAAAACGUUUUAAGAGUGCAUAAGAGAGGCAGGCAGUAAGAGAAGAGAAGAAAGAAAAAAAAAUAUAAAUAAAAUGGAAGAUGGAUUUUUUUUGAGAAUUUAUUUUUGUAAAUUUUUUGAAAAUAGUAAAAAUUUUAACGUGAAAAUGUGAAAAAUCAGACCCACGGCAUUUCGGAAGUUGAGAGUCGAGUGUGUGAGAGAGUGAGAGCGAAUGUGAGCAGGCUAAACGAAGCCAAACUUUUUUGUGGUUAGGAGUUUGCUUUGCAUUUAUAAAAGCUCUUUUAUGCGUGUGCCAUCAUCCUGGAAAUAAAAAAAAAAGAAUUUUAAUAUAUGUAUAUACAUAGAUAUCCCUAUCGUGUCGUAUUGUAUUGAUUGUGAAUGUAUAUUGUAGAAUAAAGUGAAAUAUUUAUGUGCAAUACUGUUGUUAUGCAGAAUAUGGAUAGUUUUUGGAAUUAUUGUGCAAUGACAAGGAUUUUGAUAUUUGCAUCACAGACAGUCACAGUCACAUGAAAAUCAAAAGUUUUAUUAAACAAAUUGCAUCGGAACGAACUCAAAGAAAUGUUCAUUUAAGACGAGAAUUGAAGGAUUUACGACAAAAGUUAAAGUUAUAGAACUUUUUUUUUUGAAAAAUGGAGUCUUCCACUCCUUUAUCUUCCUCUAGUAGUGGUAAUAACAAUAAUAAUAAUAAUAGUAAUACGAUUGCUCAAGAUCCUCUCGCGCUAUCAAGUGAAUCGUCUAGCCUAUACAGUAGUAAUAAUAGUGGUGAAAACUCAAAUAGUCAGGAUCGACAACAACAACAACAACAACAUGAACUUUGUGGAAAUUUAUCGGCGACACAAAGCAAUAAUAAUUUAAGUGAUAAAGAGAAUAGUCUCAAUGAGAAUGGCGCUAUCUAUGCAAAUGAUAUAACAAUAAAGCAUGAGGAUGCAAAUUCAUUAGCGGACGACCGAAGAUUGCAAUAUGAUUCCAACCAAAUAGCAAAUAAUUAUAAUUCUAGUAAUGAUCCAAGAAAGCAGCUCAAUCAUAUGGGCAUGCAUCAGCAACAUUUAACGUCACAUGAGCCACAUAAAACAUUUAGUCAUUCCAUAGAAAAUCUUAGUAAAACUACGGAAAAGUGUACACCAAAUGAGAUAAAAAUGUAUCCGAAUCUAAUAGAUAGUGGUCAUGAAUACGAUGAUGGCUAUGAAACAGGUGUGGGUGACUUAAUGUCACAUAAAUAUAAACUUCCAACGCUGCCACCUCCUUCGUCCUCACCCUAUUCAUCGCUCUCAUCUUCAUCUAUGUCAACCAUUUCAACGUCUACAAUGACACCAACGAAUUUGGUAAAUCCCCAACAACAGCAAUCUCCGUCAUACAUGAGUGGUGGUAGCGGUGCGAACGGAAAUACCGGAAAUACCAUGAAUCAUUAUCAACAACAGCAACAACAACAACAACAACAAUAUCUUCAAAGUCAACAGCAGCAAUAUCAAUCAAUGCAACAACAUCAAAAUCAUAUGAAUUCAUUUAAUAAUUAUCAUCCGAUGUUUGGUAAUAGAGCAAUGCAGCAUCAAGCAAUGUCAAAUGUAAUUAAGAAUGAGACAUCAAUGACAUCUGUCGAUAAUGAUCCAUAUAGAUUCGUUGACGAUGACUUAUCAAAUGGUAUGAAUUCGGCAAGUGGGAUUCAUAGUGCAAUGCAUCAAAAUUAUCAGCACAUGACAUCGCCGACAGUAAUGUCAGGGAAUUAUCCGACACCUAAUAUGAUCCAGCAGCAACAAAAUUCAACGACAGGAAACGCAUCAAUGAUGCAAUUCACUGAACAUCAUCAUAUGUCACCGCACCAUCAUCAUCAAUUGAGUCAUAGCCAUCCACAACAAAUUCAAUCGCAACAUAAUAUGAUGAAUGGUAAUGCUAAUGCUCAAAAUAUUGGUCACGCGGGAAUGAACCCAAACAUGAUGAUGAUGAAUGAUACUCCGAAAAAGCGAGGCCGAAAGAAGAAGAUACGAGACGAGAACGGUAAUCCAAUUGAAGACAGACCAGUAAAAGAGCGCAAAAAGCAUGAUAGAUUUAAUGGAAUGCCGGAAGAAGAAGUGACGAAACGAACUAUUCCAGAUCAUAUAGCAAAUAAUUUAGAUAUCAUUAUCAUUGGAAUUAAUCCUGGUCUAUUUGCGGCAUACAAGGGUCAUCAUUACGCAGGACCAGGAAAUCAUUUUUGGAAAUGUCUAUAUUUAUCUGGUUUAACAUCUGUACAAAUGACAGCUGAGGAAGAUUUUAAACUCAUGCAAUACGGAAUAGGAUUUACAAAUAUGGUUCAGAGACCCACAAAAGGCAGUGCCGACUUAACGAGGAAAGAGAUUAAGGAGGGCUCUCGCAUUCUACUUGAAAAGCUCCAAAAGUAUCAACCAAAAAUUGCAGUUUUUAAUGGCAAGCUAAUAUUUGAGGUGUUUAGUGGAAAGAAAGAUUUUUGUUUUGGUAAACAACCGGAGACUGUAGAGGGAACUAAUACGUAUAUGUGGGUAAUGCCAUCAUCGAGUGCUAGAUGUGCUCAAUUACCAAGAGCAGCUGAUAAGGUGCCAUUUUACGGAGCGCUCAAAAAGUUUAGAGAUUAUUUGAAUGGUCUUAUACCGGAGUAUGACGAAACGGAGUAUGUGUUUAAUGAUCCGAAAUAUAGUCAAAUUAGUACUGAGGCAGAAUUAAAAGACGAUGCUCAUGCAUUUACGACCUUAGAAAAUGGAGAGGUGAUUAUUGGAGAUCCAAAUAAAAAGAAACGUGGACGUCCAAAGAAAGUUCGUGGUGAGAAUGGUGAGGAAAUUGUGACACCUAGUCGACGUAAUAAGAACAACAAUAAUAAUAAUGAGAAUCAAAACUCAGAUUGUAUAGAUGAUGAUCCGAAUAAGAAGAAACGGGGCCGUCCAAAGAAGGUUAAAGAUGGAACAAAUUCUUCGCCAUCAGCUGCCAAGAAGAAAUCAAAUAGCAAUAAAGAUAAAGCACUGCAACAACAACAGUCAAUAUCGUCUCCAAUGAGCGGUGGAGGAAAUGAUUUGAGCUCAUUAUCGCAUCAUCAACCAUCACCAUCAUCACAAAAUCCACAACUUUCUAGUCUCUCAAAUCACGGUAAUAAUAGUAAUACUGCAUCGUCAAAUUCUCAAACAUCAUUCUUGCCACCGAUUGAAUCUCCAACAGCCUCUCUAAAUUUCCAAAAUAAUGGUGCUAUAAAUCAACAGACUAUUGUGCAACAAUCAAAUAAUUUACAAACACAACCAAUGUCAUCUCCCGUUAAUCUUUGUUAUCCACCGGCUGCGACUGCAACGAGCAUGGAGCAAUCUGAAUUAUCUCAGCACAAUCAUGUCACAUAUCAACAACAAAGAUCACAGAUUUUUAGCAAUAAUGCAUCGCCUGAACUCACAGGAGAAAUUACAACGAAUAAUAUAAAUGAUCAAAUUACGUCACCUGUGGCGUCAGCAUCACCCAAUUUAACGCCAUCAGAUUUUGAACCUCCUGAACCCACAGUAAAUCCAACUCAAAACACCAACGAAUUAACUCAUUAUUCGCAACAAUCAGCGGCACAAUCUUUAGAGCAACAACACCAUCAUACACACUCUCCAUUAUCUCAAUCUCAUUCGCCGUUGGGUUUAUCUGGACUUUAUCCUCAUACACAGUCACAACAACAGCAACAACAACAAUCAAUGUCCCAAAUGAUGAAUAGUGUUAAUAAUAGUUCAAUAUAUUCACCAUAUUCCCGUCAGCAAUCUACGCCUCAACAAAGCUACAUGAGUAUGAGUCAAUCGCCGCACCAUCCACAAACUCCGACCCAAAAUAUUGCUCCUAAUAACAAGCCUCCACAGCAACAGCAACAACAGCAGCAAAUUGGACAACAAAUCAAUGGCUCAACUACAGAUUUAUUUAAAGAUGUUGCAGCCAAAAGCCUAUCAGGAUUAGAAUCAUUAGUCGAUCAGAUACCAAAUAUUAAUGAACAAGAUACAGGAUUAAGUGCUCUAAGUAGUGGCACACAAAAUGGAUCUACGGUAGCGACAAAUUUGACUUCAGCGUCAUCGACUUUAGGCUCUUCCUCCUUAUUGCCACCCACUUUACCGCAUCACCAUUCUCAUUAUACGACAUACACAUCACAUGCUAAUCAAUCUCCAUAUUCGGCAAGUCCAUUCUCUGUAAGUAGUUUAACGUCAUCGACUUAUCCGUCGGCAGCAGCGAUGAAUAAUUAUCAUCAAAAUCUUAUGGGUGCGAGUCAUUUGACGUCAUCGUUUAUGGAGCCUCAUAUGCCAGUUCCAGUCUCACCAUUAUAUCAUUCAUAUCAACAACAAGGAUAUCCUGGAUAUGGAGGACCUCCACAUCCAUCGGCUGCUGCUGCCCUUCACAUGUCAAAUUAUCCUUACUAUACAAAUAUGAAUACAGGAUAUACGCAAGCACCCGGUAGUACUUACCAUUCAAUGUUCGAUAGAAUUAAUUUCUGAUAAAUACUGAAUUUAAAAGGAUGUGAUGAUACAACCUCUCUGAAAAAAAAGUAAACACACGCUUGAAUAAUAAUAAUAUGUAAUAAGGCAAUAUACAAAGAAAAACAUAUGAGUGAGUAAAUGUGUAAGAAACAAAAAAAAAACAACUAAUAAGUAUAUAAUUAUUAAAAAAACUAUAUUUCUUUCUCUCAACGAUGGUACUUAAAUAUAAAAACUAUAUAUAAUAAGAGAAUGAUGAUCGCAUCAUUACAUACUAUCAGCAAAAGCAGAAUAUAAUGUGUAAAAUUUAACAUUUAGGGAAAUAAAAAAUUUCAUACAUAUAUAUGGGCAGUCACGUGACUAGGACGCAUUUUUGCAAUGACUGGUGAAUUAUUGGAAGCUUUAAUUUUUUAACGGAUUUUUUAAAUUUGAAUUUAUUACAUAGCUCUGUCAAGUUUAGUUUUUGAACUUUAAGUUUGAAGUUUCCGUUAAAGAUUCAAAAGCUUUAAAUUUUAACGGAAAUUUGAAACUUAUAAUUAUUACAUGUAAUUGUCAAGUUCAAUUUUUGAACUUUAGGUAAGAAUUUUAAAUUUGAAAAUUCCGUUAAAAAUUGCAAUCAAAUCAGAGUGAGAAUAAACAUGCAAAAGUGCGUCAAAAAUCAACUAAUUAUUGAUGAGAAUUUCUUUUCUUAAGGAUUUUUACGUUUCUAUUGGUUUCUAGUUAAUUUAGUGGCCAUGAAGCAAUAUUUGAAAGAUUCAAAAAAGGAUAAAAUUUCUUGUUACUUAAUGCCAUCUUCGAAUGACGUAAUUGAAUGAAAUUAAUACAGGGUACUUGUCAUUAAUAAGCAAAAAUAAUAAAAUAAAAAAGAAUAAAACUAAAAAAUUUUAUAGAUCACAUUUUUUGUGAAUAUAUUAUGAUAAUAAUGAUAAUGAUUAAUCUUACAUAAUUUUUUUUUCUCGACAUAAGCAUCUAUUAAGGAUAAAUAAAAUAAAUAAUAAAAGUCUUCUGUGAGGGUGAUAAAACAUGAUAAUUAAUAAUGAUUAAUCUCUGAAUUUUCUCGCGACUUAAUUAAAAAAUAAAAUUGAAAUUUCUAAAGUUUUUCUUGUGCUAAUUAAAGAACUAUUUAAACUUAAAACAAAAGGAAAGGAAAUCUUAAUGAAAACUUAAUCAAUUCGAAAACCAAUAUACGUAAUGAAUGCAAUAGAUUGCAUCUAAAAUUAUGUACAUAAAUGUAUGUAAAUAAAUAUAAUAUUAAAAUUACACGAAUAUGCUAAGUCGUAGAAUCAUACAUAAGCAAAAUGGGGAGUACAUUGUACUUAAAAUCUUUUUUACUUAAUUAUUCUCUGUUUAAAUUCUUUUUAAACACACAAUCCUUUUUCUUUCUAAUGGAUUUACACGAGAUAUGAACAAAACUACUACUACAUGGGGGUCCUUGCUUUGCAUAAAUAUUCAAAUCGAGGACCCCCACGCUAAAACUUUUAAAUCAAAGUAAUAAUGAAAUCUUAUGUGAGUAAGCAAGGAAUUAAGGAAGAUAUUUUUUUCGAGGUACAUACAAACAAGAGUGAUUGAUUUAAGUAAUAAUUUGAUAGCUAUAUGAAUAUAUUUUGAUAUAAUAUAAUGAACAGACUGUGUUGCAGAACUUUUUAGUCUCAUUUUUUUGAUUUUUUGUUAUUUAGCAUCGUUACUUGAUGUUGCCAUUAAUUGUUUUUACUUUCUUAUAUUAAAAUAAACAUUAAAAAUCUUUCAGUUUUUUACACUCAUUGAAAUUGGUUUGAAAAUGGUUUUUGAAUUCUAAACUAAAUUGAAAAUAGAUUAUGGAUUCUGAAUUAAGCGACAAAAGGUGAAGGAAGGUCGCAAUACGUAGCAUUUGAGUCGCUCGUGAAAUAACCUCAAAAUUAUUAAAUUUCAAAAUAAAAAGUUUUUCAAAUCAAUUUUUUCGAGUGUAGAACAAAAGAAAGAAUCAAGAAGCAUAAAGAAUAUAUGUUAUCCCGUCUUUCCUGGAUAUAUCAGGAUCGUAGAAAUAGAAUAAAUACAUACACAACACAAUUAAAAUAAAGAAGAAAAAAGUUUACGCCAGUUCCUAUAACAUGAUAAUUAAUUAAUUGUACGGAAAAAAAGGAUAUGUUCCUUAAACAAAAAUUAUAUUUUUUUCUACCGCAUUGAAUGAGUCAAUAUGUAUACAAUGUAGAACUAUAGUUUUGCCUUUUUUUAUUAACAUAUUUGUACUUGAUUUUUACGUUUGUCUCUUGUCUCACUCUCAGUUAAUUAUCAGUCUAUUUAAAAAAAGUAAAAAGUUUAAAAAUCUCAACAUACUCAUUAAGUCAAACUUGAUCAUUUGACAUGAAAGUACUUGAAUACAUUUACUUAAGUAUAAAAGACAAUAAUCUAUAUUUUUCGAUUGUAUGUAAAAUUAUUAAAUGUUUUUUAAGUCAUGACAUUAAAAUCAUACUUCUUUCAGUUUUCUUAUGUACGACAAUAUUUUUUAAUUCCUCUUCUUAAUUUUUUCGUGAAAUAUGAUCAAAAAUAAUUUCAGUUUUUAUUAAUUUUGUAUGAUUCUCAAAACACAAUUUUUGUAUAGAAUGGCCAUAAUAAUACUUUUUUACUACUUACUAAUUAAUAAGGAGUUCUUUUCUAAGCUCAUUUGAAAUUUAUGAAUUAUUGAAUAAUAGUUAUUUAAGAUAAAUAGAAAAUAUCUUUAAAAGAGGACGAAAAAAAAAGUGGAAUGAAGAAAAAAUUAAAAUUUUAGAGUUAAAGUGAAAACAUAAAACAAUCAUGCUGUAUGAAAAGAUGACUUAACGGAA